AUGAACCCCGCCGCCUCCUUUGCAGCUCUGCGCGCACCCCUCCGCCGCGCGGUCGCCACUGGGCCCUCGUCGGUCCCCCGCACCCGCGCCGCCAUUGCGCUGUACGGUCGUGGCCUGUCGUCGACCGCCGUCCGCCUGAACGAGCAAAAGUCCGAGUCAGCAGACGGCAAGAAGGACGAGCAGUCUGAGGCUGGCAAGAAGAAGGACGAGAAGAAGAGGUCGACCGCCGAGGACGAUGGACCUCCCCAGAGCCCCUGGAAGGUCUUCAUGCAGGUGUUCAAGGAGGAGAUCGACAAGAACCAGGGCUGGCAGAACAACGUCAAGCAGCUCCAGGGUGACGUCGACAAGCUUGCCGACAGCACAGCGAUGAGGAAGGCGCGCACCCUCUACGAGCGUAACAGGAUGGCCAACCUCAUGAAGGAGAACCCCCGUCUGCAGGCCGCCUUCCUCGACCUCAAGAAGGCCGGAUACACGGCCAACGACAUUAUCAGCCGUGCUCUCCAGGACUCUGAGAUCCUCAAGGCCAUUUCGCUCUACUCCAACGCCGUCGCUCUGUAUGCCGACCGUGCGUCCGCCCCGCUCCGUGACACCGAGGCGUACAAGCAAAUUGCUGCCAGCUUUGAGGAGGCAUUCGACGAUGCCGGAGGCAACGCUCUCCGUUACGGUGGUUACACCGAGAAGGAGGACCGCAGGAGGAGGCGUGAGAUUCGUCGUGCCAAGGCUGGCAAGGCCAGCAAGCGUGUUGCGGCCAACCCUGACGCCGGUGAGGCCCUCGUCCUGUCUUCGGAGAAGGAGCCCCAGUCGUCGCGCAUGGCGUUCAUCACCGAGUCGCCCACCUACCUGCGCUGGAAGGAGGCCUACGAGGAGUCCGAGUCGCCCGCCGUCGAGACCCUGCGGUCGAUUACCUCGACCAUUGGCGGCUGGUUUGACGAGAACGAGACUGUCAAGGUCAUCCGCACCAUCCGCGAGAUUGACCCCGACUUCCGCAUGGACUCGUUCACCCGCGAGCUGCGCGAGUACAUUGUCCCCGAGGUUGUCGACGCGUACCUCUCGGCCGACAGGGAAUCGCUCAAGCAGUGGUGUGGUGAGGCUACGUUCAACGUGCUCUGGGCUACCAUGGGCCAGUACAUCAAGCAGGGCCUGGUGUCCGACUCGAAGAUUCUGGACAUUAAGCACGUCGACAUUGUGCAGGGCAAGCUGCUGGAGAAUGACGUUCCCGUCUUUGUUGUCUCGUUUGCCUCGCAGGAGAUCCUCAUGUUCCGCUCGGCCAAGACUGGCGAGGCCAUUAUUGGCGACGAGAACAGCGUCGAGCAGUGCCGCUACGCCAUGGUGCUCACCCGUGUCGAGAGUGAGAUCGACAACGAGCUCACCAGCGGUUGGAAGGUGGUCGAGAUGGCCAGGCGCGGACAGAAGGGAUUCAUGUAA